AUGACAGAGGAGUGUCCUCGGCCUAGUCCAGACAAUAUCGUUGAAUUUUUACCGUAUAUCUGUUAUACAAUGCAAGCACCGUUCGGUGUUCAAUUAAAAACUCGUAUCGUGGAAGAAUAUGUGAGCGUUAUUGAUAAGGCUAAAAAAACUAAAAAAGACAAGUCCACUAUCCAUGCUCUUCAGCAGGAUCCGGAGCCAGGAGAUACGCCAGCUUCGGACGUGCAAGAGGGCGGCGUGGGGCUAGUAGCGAUGACGGCGCUAUACAAUGCAAGCGGCCGUCUCGUCGAGCUGCUGGUUAACCGAUCACCCGUGCCCACGAUGCUGAUACGCGUGCUGACGUUGUGCCUGCCUUUCCAGCCGCAUCUCUACCGCCUCACAGUGUGCAAUGGGGUUUUUGAAACUAAGACCCUCGCGGCGAUCAGUCAGCUGUUAGUACAAUCCCAAAUCACGGAGCUAUACCUGAGCGACUCUCCAGUGCCGGGCCACCGCUUCAGCCAGUUGCUAGCAUACCAAACUCGACUCCAGUGCCUCAGCCUCGAUCGCUGCGGCCUGGACGACGAUGACUGCAUCGAAAUCGCGAGUAUGCUGACUCAUCCGAAUCCAGCCUCGCAGACCCUGCUCGUCCUUUCUAUGGGCUCCAACAAUAUUUACAAUCGCGGUGCCGUAGCGCUAGCCGUUAUGUUACGCAGCAAUCGCAAGUUACGCUACCUGAAUCUCUCAGGAAACCAAAUAUCGAAUACGGGGGCUGCAGCCAUCUUCGGUAGCCUAAUGGAGUUUCCCCUGUCCCACGCGGAUAUCGUUUCGAAACGUUUGCGAGUAGUUCAAUAUAUUAAAUUGCGAAAAGAAGUUUACGCUAAAUGCUACAACGAUUUAAUCGCAACCGCGAGCGACAGUAAGUCUGAGGCGCGACGAAAGCCGACGACACGACGGAAGUCGGUGUCGACUGGGGCAUCUCUAUCCCCGGACGAGCUUGCCGCCAAAGCUGACGUCAUGACCACCCAUCUUAUUGGGCCCUUCAACGAGCCGUUUACCUGCGAGGCCACGUUUAAAAAAGAGGGCGCCGUGUACUCGUAUGGCAACUUGUGCCUGUCCUAUCUGAACAUGUCAUACAAUAAUUUAAACCAUCCGAGCGCGGUAACGUUAGCAGAGGCAAUACAAGCCCAACAGAGGAUCAAGGCGCUUACUGCCACGACAGAGGUGGGGCUCGUACGCGUUCAAUUAGAAGGCAACCCACUGCCUGCAGAUACCGAUGAGCUGGACACUGUGCAAGCGAUGCUUGACCGUGCCAUGCUCAGCGGAAGUAAAGGGCGUAAGAGCGAGAAAUUUUUAGGUAGGUUGAGCAGGCGUUGA